AGGAACUUGUCCGUGCAAAUUUUAGAACAUUUCUACUUUGUUAGUGCAGGAGACCGUUAGGCAUUCUUAAUAAUUUUUAUAUUUCAAAUUUUACUCGUUCAUUAACUAAAAAGAUGCCUUCUUACAAGCUGACGUAUUUCAAUGGGAGAGGAAGAGGAGAAUUAUCAAGGAUGGUUUUUGCUGCGGCAGAAAAAAAGUUUGAAGACAAAAGAAUAGAAUUUUCUGACUGGCCGGCACUGAAAGCAGAAAUGCCACAGGGUACGAUGCCCGUCCUUGAAGUAGAUGGGAAGAGAAAGAUCUCUCAGAGCGUAGCAAUUGCACGUUAUUUAGCCAGAGAAUUUAAUAUGUAUGGGAAAGGAAACGCUGAAAUGGCCAUUGUCGACCAGAUAGUUGACACGUGCCUCGACGUUUUUACACCCUUUGUAAAAAUAGCAUUCAAUCCCGAUAAAGAGGAGAAGGCAAAACAAAUGGAAGAAUUCUAUUCAUCAACUUUACCAAAACUUUUAGGCUUUCUAGAAAAUCUUGUCAAAGAGACUGGAAAGAGUGGGUUCGCUGUGGGCUCAUCUCUGACAUUGGGUGACCUCGCCUUGUACACUUACAUCGAAAACUGCGGGGCUGGCGGUAAACUGGAGAAAUUCCCACUUCUUGCUGCAAACCGAAAGAAGGUCGAAGAACUACCAAGGAUUAAAACAUAUUUGAAAAACCGCCCUGUUACCGAAUUUUAAAAUGUCAAAAAAUGCAAUAUAUAAAUAUGUAUUGUCUUAUAUGUUAUUUAUUUAUCAUAAUUUUAUUAUUUAUUUUUCAUAGAUGACAUUCUGUUUCACACAAAGCAAAGUUAAAAAAAAAACAAUAUGUAUACUUUAGUUGAUACUUAUUACUAGCUUAAUUUUAAAUAAUUUUGAAAUAGAAACCUUAAAUAGCACCAUGAAAUAAAAUAGAUGUCUUGCCUCUUUGGUUUUAAAAGUAUAAAUGUAGUGGUAUUUGAGCAUCUUAUUUUUCUUUCUUUUUUUGGAAUAAAGUUGUAGUAGAGACA